ACAUACUUUAUUUUCAGUCGGACUAAUGAAAAUACAGUGAUUCCCGCCGAUCUAAAUUUUAUUUGUGAAAUUCUAUGAAUAUUUAAUAUUUUUGGCCGUUUCUGUUGUAGAUACAAUAUUUAAAUAUGGGUAAGAAAACAGCAGCGUCAGUCAAUAAAAACAAAGAGAAGCGCCAGGCUAGGAAGAUGGAGCAGCGGCGUAUAGCCGAUGGAAUGGCGUACGUUACUUCGGCAAACAAAUUGAGCAACCUAGCCUCACUCUGUGAAGAGCUGCUAGUGUACCGUAACAAGGACCUAGAAGUCGACAUGUACAUACAGAGAGUUGCUGAACUCAAGAAAAAUGUGCUAGAAUGGGCUAUAGAUCUGACAGAGAGAAACAUGAAAUCAUUGUAUGAAACAUGUGCAUGGGGCUGGAACCGAGACCGCAAAGUGGAGGAGAUGACAGAUGACUCUGCAUGGUACCUUAUAGCCAAAGACAAGAAUGGCAGUUUACUUGCCUUCUCACAUUUCCGAUUUGAUAUGGACUUUGGAGAGCCAGUCUUGUAUUGCUACGAGGUGCAGGUGGAGGCGGAAGGGCGGCGGCGCGGGCUCGGGCAGCGCGUGCUCAAUGUGCUGGAGAAACUGGCGCACGCUACACGCAUGCGCUAUGUGCGCCUCACCGCGCUCACGCACAACCCCGCGGCUUGCGCCUUCUUCAGAGCUUGCGGAUAUAGCCUAGACGAGACGAGCCCCGCCAAAGAAGAAGCGGCGCACUACGAGAUCCUGAGCAAGGUGACGAACCAAGAAGACGAAGAGCAGCCCAGUGACCAGUGCCCACUUAGUGACGGUAUGCGCUCCGUGCAGGUCACUAACACCACGUAGUCACGAGUCUAGCAUAAGUUAGAGUAGAAGAGGUUGCAACAAGUAAGUGGAAACUUAUUUCACUUUGGCAACGGACGCGUCACAUUACAUCGUGGCUGAUUCUUUAAAUAUGUGAAUGUACCAAACCAAAUCUGUAUUUUCUGUCUUUGUUACGUCCUUAUAAAAGUAAUAAAAAGAAGAAAUCUUAAA